CAGCUCUCUCCCCCGGGAGAUCCUCCCUCCUCUCGGGGCGAUGCGGAUCUCCUUCCUCCUUCUCACCGCCUCUCUGUGUGCCUUGGUCCUCCUCCUCGCACCUGCCUCGGAGGGCUGUGGGCCGGGGAGGGGGUACGGCAAGAGGCGGCUCCCGAAGAAACUCAUCCCGCUUGCUUACAAGCAAUUCAGCCCCAACGUCGCCGAGAAGACCCUGGGAGCCAGCGGGAGACCCGAGGGCAAAAUAACGCGCAACUCCGAGCGCUUUAAAGAACUGACACCGAAUUACAACACAGAUAUUAUCUUCAAAGAUGAGGAGGACACGGGCGCCGACAGGCUCAUGACCCAGCGUUGUAAAGACAAGUUAAACUCUCUGGCCAUCUCUGUGAUGAACAUGUGGCCGGGCGUAAAGCUGAGAGUGACGGAGGGCUGGGAUGAGGAUGGUCAUCAUUCAGAGGACUCGCUGCACUAUGAGGGACGUGCUGUCGACAUCACCACUUCAGACAGAGACAGAAAUAAGUAUGCCAUGUUGGCCCGUUUGGCUGUAGAAGCCGGAUUUGACUGGGUCUACUACGAGUCCAAAGCCCACAUUCACUGUAGCGUCAAGUCAGAACAUUCAGUGGCAGCCAAAACCGGUGGUUGUUUCCCUGGCAAUGCUCAGGUUAUUCUCAAGGGUGGGGCUACUAAACAGAUGCGUGACCUUCACCCUGGUGACCGUGUCUUGGCUUCCUCAACAGCAGAUGGUCUUGGCCCCCUUCUCUACAGCCCAGUCUUAUCCUUUGUGGACCGCCAGCCCAAUGUCACAAAGAUCUUCUACAUCAUUGGCACCAACACAGGACUAAAUAUUACUCUCACAGCCGCUCACUUGAUUUUUGUCACAGACUGCACUGGUGGGCUGAGGGACCCAAAGUGGGAAGAGACAGCUGAAGAGCCACUUUUGGGCUGCACACGGGAGGGAAGACCUGGAUGGGUAGCAGGUCUGAGGACAGUGUUUGCCAGUGAGGUCCGGCCAGGACAGUGCAUACUCACGUCACAAGGGAAAGUGGGGUCACAGGCAACACUUUCAGUCGUGAACUUUGUAGAAGAACAGAGGAGCACCGGGUUGUAUGCCCCACUAACCCAGCAUGGGUCGGUAGUGGUGAACGGCGUGCUGGCGUCCUGCUAUGCUGCUGUGGACAAUCACUAUUUGGCCCACUGGGUCCUGGCCCCACUGAGAUUCUUCUACAGCCUGAUGGGACCUUCAGAACCGCAGACUGACGGCCUGCACUGGUACCCUUGGCUUCUACAGAGGCUGGGGCAAACUCUGCUGGAUCCUGGACACUUCCACCCCUGGGGGAUUGAGCAAGGACACAGAUAGGAGAACCAGAGACAUGUAUCACACUGAUGACUUCAUUCACUCUAUUGUAUUCAGGAGCACCAAAGCACAGAUUGAGGGUCCACCAAAGACAAUUGAUUUUAUGGUGGAAAUGUGUUUUUCCAACUCUACUUGCCUGUAUUUGCUGUACCUCAACAAACUCUUUAUUUGUAGCAAAAAUUGUGUGAACGACAAAGAGGGGAGACUAAACGUAUUUUAUACUUUUGGCAAUUUCAGUUUCAUUAAUUCCAGAAGAUUUAGAGGGUGGAGAAGACUGAGGGGUAACACAAAACACACGCAAAGACAGUUCUGUAAGGGCUUAAUCAGUUAAAUUUCAAGUUAAUUUCUUCAACCUGUAUCACUAAAAAACAGGGACUGUGAUUCAAAAUGAUAGCUUUCAUUAAAAGAAGUAGGUAGUCAAGUAAGAGAAUCAGGUUUCAUCUUUAUUACUUUGUACUGUAUUUACUGUAAUCUGUCAACAUUUGUGCAUCUUGAGAACAUGCUGAGGCUUACUGAUAUAAGAAAUAUAAACAUAUGAGGAUACCUUUUGUGACCGCCUUCAGAGAAACGAUUAAGGUGAACUCACAAAGGAAAUAUUUGACGAGGAAGAAGAAAAGACAGAAAACUUGUUACUGAACAAGGAGUGAUUUGAAACUCUAUGAAUAUAUUAGGUAUGUAUACAGUGAAGUAAUAUUAAGGAAAAAAUACAACAAAUUAACUGUUUGCUGUUGACUGUCAGAAUCACCACUGCAGUAAAUUCAACUGAUACUUUACUGUUUUGAUAGAGCCUAUUCUGUACAUAAGAAUUAAUUUACAAAAUAAUAUUUAACUGGAAAAUGGGGGAUGAAGUUCUGUGUAUUUACUGAAUGCAGUGUAGCACUUUGCUAGUGUUGCAUUACAGCUUCACAUCUGGAAAGGGCUUCAAUGGAAAACUAUUGAAUGGCAAGAGAAUGGUUAUGAGAACACGUUAAUUGUGUUGCUUUGUGUAUACUUCAACUUUACAACAUUUGUGAAGUACUGAUGCAGGAUAGACGCAUCUGGUUAUAAUGGCCACGCUGUCAGUCUGUUUUCUGAUUUCACUCAACUUGAUUGUCUCAAACUGAUUCAUAUAAUUCAUUUAUACAGCUUCUUUUUUCAUCAGUUAUUUAAAAGGUGUAAUUUUGUGACAUGUUUUUAAUGUUUUUAAUUUCCAAUUUCAAUUUUCAGGUCAGUUGUUCUAGUUAAGGCAUACAAAACACUCAGGCUGUAUUCAACUACUGUAUUAAACAACAGCUAUGCAUCAUAUUAAAUAACAGAUAGUAAAUCUCUUUAAUAUUGAACAGUAAUUUACCUGAUAGCUCUCUAUGCAUGGUCUUUUUUUUGUAUCCCAUCUAUCAUGUUAAGACUUAAGACCUAGAUUGGGAAACAUUUUAGUUUUUAACACUAUGGGAAGCAGAUAUGACAGGUGGCUGAAUAAAUAUGGAUAAACAUGUAGUUCAUAUUAGUGACCAUCCAGUUGAACUCCAAGGCGUUAUUCUACAUGAAUGGUAAAAUAUUUGUCACAU